AUGGCGUUCUGGUUCAUGAACCUGGAUAUGGCCAGCGGUUUCUGGGCAAUCAGAAUGACCGAAAGGGCCAAGCUGAUUUUGGCUUCCGUAUGUCCGUUUACACCUUUCCAGUGGAUUACAAUACCAAGAGGAGGCCGAAGUAUAUCAAGAAGUUUGGAUUAUCUGAAUUUGGAUCCCCCGGAUGAUGGACCUCUAGAGUGGGACAUUCCGAGACGUCCUGGUUGCGAUAACGACUAUACACGUCGAUUUUUGCCAACCCUGGCGGACCAAAUGACUGUGGUCAAGAGGUACAUCCCUGCUUAG